GCGCACUAACAAUGUGGCGCACGACAAAGCUGGUUCGCGUUUUGCUCCCCUUGCUUGUUCGCAAAAGGGGUCCCAGAACACUGCCCCGUUUUGUGCCUGUAGUUAUGCACGCAGUUGCUGUGUUUCUUUUGUGAACCAUUGGUAGCUUUUGAAAUAGUGUGCUGCUGCUGAGUGCCGACACUGCUCUUUGCUCUGCUGACCGUCUGUGUUCGGCGUGCGGUCGGCAUCUGCGCUGCGCAUGGUAGAAAUUGCGGUCUAAGUGCUGCCGAGAAUCACAAUGUUCGACGAGAAUGACUUGUUAGACUUGUUGCCAGUGUAUUACAGAAGAUUUUUCCCUCUGGAGCAGUUUUGUCUGUGGCUCAACUAUGGAGGGGAGGUCAAGACCUACCUGGACCGGCGGGAGAUGUCGUUCACCCUGGCAGACGACAUUUACAUCCGGUACCAGUCCUUCAAGGAUGCUGAGGAGCUCCACAAGGAGCUGCUUAAGAAGUGUCCCCACAAGAUCGACAUCGGCGCCGUGUACAACCACAGGCCCCGCGAGCGCGCCUCCGUGCCCGUGUUCCAGCCGCAGGAGAAGGAGUUGGUGUUUGACAUCGACAUGACUGACUACGACGAGGUGCGCACCUGCUGCAGCGGGGCUGACAUCUGUCGCAAGUGCUGGACGUUCAUGACCAUCGCCGUCAAGUGCAUGGAUGAUACCCUGAGAAAGGACUUCGGGUUCGAGCAGCUGCUGUGGGUGUACUCGGGCCGGCGCGGGGUGCACUGCUGGGUGUGUGACGCGGCGGCGCGCCAGCUGUCGCAGCCGGCCCGGGCGGCCGUGGCUGAGUACAUGCAGCUGGUGCGCGGCGGCCAGAACCAGGCCAAGAAGGUGGUCAUCGGCGAACAGCUGCACCCCAUGGUCGC